GAAUCCCCCAUAACCUACAGGAUCUGAGCUUUGGUUCCCCUCCCGAUGCCCUUUCAACCAUUUCUUUAGUUAUUGUGAGAACCUUGUUCUUUGAGGAGAGUAAAAUAGAUAAUCCCCAACGCAUAAACCAAAGGUAAAGACUGUGUGUGUGUCAUCACAAUUCAUUCAAAGCCCCCAGUCCGUAGUCCCUGCAUCCUCCCCUCAAACUUAUGUGAUGCAAACACUACAGCAAUGACUGACUCCUGUUUCUCUGUUACUUUUGCUUUCCCCCUUGAAUGGCAUUGGAUUUUACGAAAAUGUAUGCUUCUUUUUGAGCCUUGGCAUCGCGAUCCUCCGAUGAGUCGCUCGUGAUCUCGUUCACCUUGGAAGAUGUGCGGUCUUUGUGUCUUCGAAGCUGCACCUUUUUAUGCCCUUCAUUUAUGUUGAGGACCUUGAUUCGCCUUUCCUUUCAGUUGCAAAUCCUUAUUACUUCUCAGCGGCCAUUGGACUGGGAACUGUACACGUAUCCUUUAUGUUUGGCCUCCACCAUCAUCACGCGUCUCCGUUGAGACAUCUAUGCAUGUGUUAUAAUGAAAGGAGGUGCGGACAGAUGUAAUCUAGUCACAGGUUUAUGUCUCCUCCCUAGAUAUUGUUCUUCUAGGGUACUUGAUCUCGUCUUCUCAUCAGCAGUAUCAAAGUUCUGUGUACCUGACUGAGAUCGACAUCCCUCUGUAAGUCGUUCCUUCUUAGUUUCUUUCCCUUUUUUGGUUCUUCAUCAAAUUCUCUAGACCAUGAGAACCCAUGUAAGAUAAUGUUCGAAAUGGAGAAGAAGGACUAGAUGCAGCAUUUGUUGAUUCCUAUUCUUUUUUUGUGUUUUCAAUCUGAAUUCUCCUUUUGCCGGAUUUAAGACUCGAUAUCUAGUUCUGUGGCCACUGAUGGAUGAACAGAUUCCAUCUGAAGCUCCUCGAGGCCUUCCGAUCCCUGAUGUUUUCCCAGAUCCCACGGAACCAAAUACGAAGAUGUUAACCAUCAAAAUAGCAGGGCCUUCAUCUGAGAAUGGCGAGACAUCUAUCCCCAUCUCUCCUUCCAUAUCAAUCUCUCCACACCUGAAUUCACCUUCUCCACCAUCCUCUGCAUUUGUUUCAGCAUUACAGUCACCUUAUAUAUCUCCAAGAGCCUUAGAACUACCGUGUGAGAACAACAACACUACACCAUCAGCUACAAUCCCAUCGCCGGUUUCGUACUCCUGUUCACAUUCUGACGACAUCCCAAGCACUUCCUACACUCCUCCAUCAGAAAGAUACGGCUCUCUAGCUGACCAGAUCGACCAAAAGCCCAAGUUCUCCGAUGCAGCAGCACCUCGUAUCUCAUUCUCCUUUCCGGUCCCUCGGAUCUCAUUCACAAAAUGCUCGGACUCUCCUUCGGCCAAUGCCAAGCUCCGAAGCUGUGAUGUGUACAUCGGAUUCCAUGGCCAAAACAACAAUCUCAUUCGCUUCUGUAAAUGGCUCAAGUCUGAGCUUGAGCUCCAAGGAAUAGCCUCAUUUGUUGCUGAUCGAGAAAAGUAUUCGGAUACUCAGAGACAUGAGAUCGCCGAUCGAGUCAUAUGCUCUGCGACCUUUGGUGUCAUUGCAGUGACACCAUCUAGUUUUCUUAAUCCUCUGAGUGUCGAGGAGGUCAGGUUCUUUGCGCAGAAGAGAAAUCUCAUUCCGCUUCUGUUCGAUACCGAGCUCUCAGAGAUCGCAAGUCUUCUUGAUGGGAGGUUGGAGGGUAAGGAAUGUAGGGAAGCAUUUGAAGGAUUGACCAAGUGCAAUGAGUUCAAGCUCGAAACAAACCAUAGCAACUGGAGGAGCUGCAUAUCGAAGGCGGUCGCGAUCCUAAAAUCGAAACUUGCAAGGAAGAGUAGCACAGACAAGGAAAACGAUGGCUUUGAAGAAUUACCCUUUCCUCGAAACAGACAUUUUGUCGGUAGAGAGAAGGAGAUGACGGAGAUCGAGGCUACUUUCUUCGGAUGUUGUGAAGUUCAUGAGAUGGAGCAUCCAAAGCAGCCGCUGGUGAAUGGUGGCUCGAGUGAUGGAUUCGCCGAUGAGGAGAGUGAUACAGUUAGAACAAGCGGGAAGUACAUUAGUCUGGAAAUGAGCAAGUGCAAAGAGCCUACUUUGGAAGCUUGGAUAGAACCAGUGAUUGAGCUUACAAGCAAAGGAAGAAGCCUUCAGAAGCAACGGUCGAAGCACAAGAAAUCACGUAGCGGAGGCAACAAAGGUUAUGGCAAUGCCAACGUGUUCUGUGUCAAUGGGGCUUCAGGCAUCGGGAAGACAGAGCUCGCCUUGGAGUUUGCCUACAGGUACGCUCAGAGAUACAAGAUGGUGCUGUGGAUUGGUGGUGAAGCAAGGUACUUCAGGCAGAACAUUCUGAAUCUGUCAAUGAACUUGGGAUUGGAUGUCAGUUCAGAGGGAGAGAAGGAAAGAGGGAGGAUAAGGAGCUUCGAUGAACAGGAGUUUGAUGCAUUCCAAAGGGUGAAGAGGGAGCUCUUCCGAGAUAUCCCUUACUUGCUGGUGAUCGACAAUCUUGAGACAGAGAAGGAAUGGUGGGAAGGAAAAGAUCUGCAUGAUCUGAUUCCAAGGAACACCGGAGCCACCCAUGUGAUCAUCACGACGAGGCUUCCCAAGGUAAUGAGCUUCGAGCCAAUGCAACUUCCACUGCUUUCCUUGGCAGAUUCUCUCCUCCUCCUUAGAGGCAGAAGGAAGGACUACUCGGCCGAGGAGAUUGAAGUACUAAAAAACUUCGACGAGAGGUUGGCAAGGUUGAGCUUUGGGUUGUCGGUAAUCGGCUCCCUUCUUUCUGAGCUGGCAAUUUCACCAUCCGAAUUGCUUGAAGCAAUCGACAGGAUCUCCCUCAGCGAUAGUACUGUUCCCUUGGUUGGUAGCGAGGAUGGUUUCUGCAGGAACAAUGCAUUCCUAAUCAAAGUAUUGGUGUUCUGCUUUGCGGUACUGGAUCGAGCUAAAGGAAGAAGCCUUGCGUCAAGGAUGGUGCUCGCUGGUGCAUGGUUCGCUACUGCCCCCGUUUCUUCAGCAUUACUAGCGGCUGCUUCUAAUAAUUUACCCACAAGAGGAAGCUUUCAUCAAUGGGGGAAAGGUCUCACUGCUGCUUUCCUCCUCUGUGGCUCCAAAUGUUAUUUACCACCCCAAGCUCAAAAAAUCGAAGUGGAAUCUGCUCUCCUGCUGGUUAAACUUGGCCUGGCAAAAGGAACUGCCAGACAGCCUGGAUGCUGGAUCCAAUUCCACCCGAUCACCCAAACGUUUGCCAGGAGGAGAGGCGGGCUGCCGCCAGCCAUGGCCACGGUGCAUGGCAUGAUGAAGGUCGGUAACGCCACGGCGAACUUUGACCACCUAUGGGCUUCAGCGUUUCUUAUCUUCGGAUUUAAAUCAGAACCCCCUCUGGUUCAGCUCAAGGCAGUUGACAUGGUCUUCUUCAUAAAAAAGACGGCACUUCCUCUAGCAAUCCGGUCCUUCAUGACCUUCUCAAGGUGCAGUUCAGCUCUGGAGCUCCUGAAGGUGUGCACCAACGUGCUCGAGGAGGUGGAGAAAUCAUUUGUAUCUCAGAUACAGGAUUGGAACCAAGGAUCUUUGUGCUGGAAAAAGAGGCUGCACUCCGAUCAGAAGGUGGAUGAAUAUGUUUGGCAGGAUGUGACGCUCCUCAAAGCGACAUUGCUGGAGACUCGGGCGAAGUUGCUGCUGAGGGGAGGGCAUUUUGACAAUGGCGAAGAGCUAUGUAGAACUUGUAUCAGUAUCAGGACGGUGAUGCUAGGCCAUAACCACGUUCAGACUUUGGCUGCUCAGGAAACAUUAGCCAAGUUGGUCAGAUACAGAAGCAAGAUAUGAAGGAUGUAACAUACGUAUCUUCUCAUUGCUUUGGCUUGCUUCUUCCUCUGCAUCUCGAUUAUGAUGUGUGAGAUCUUCCAACCUCCAUUCUCAGUUUUGUUCAUGUGCUAUUUCUAGCAUCUCAUAUUGAGUGAAAAUAAUAGUUUUGAUCUAUGACUAACAACAACAAAAAACUUGAUCAGUUUCUGCAUUGAGC